UUAGUCCAAAUCAAAAUGCUCGGCCUUGUAAAAAGCCAUGCUCUUUAAGGACAACAUGUUCCAACUGUACCAGUAGUGGCAUGGAAUGCAUGUGGUGUAGCAGCACAAAACGAUGUGUUGACUCAAAUGCUUACAUCAUCUCCUUUCCAUAUGGCCAGUGUUUGGAGUGGCAAACUACCACUUGUUCUCCUCAAAACUGUUCAGGGUUGAGGACUUGCAGUCAAUGUCUGGAACAUCCAGGAUGUGGGUGGUGCAAUGAUCCCAGCAAUACAGGAAAAGGCCAUUGUGUAGAAGGCUCGGCAAGGGGGCCAGUGAAGUUCAGUGGGAUGCAUUCUACUGAAAUAGUUAUUGACAACAACCUUUGUGCUAAAGAAAAAAAUUACGAAUGGUCUUUUAUCCAAUGCCCAGCUUGCCAAUGUAAUGGACACAGCAACUGCAUUAAUGGCAAUGUAUGUGACCAGUGCAAAAAUCUAACUACAGGAAAACAGUGUGAAACAUGCAUGCCCGGUUAUUAUGGAGAUCCAACAAAUGGAGGACAGUGCACAG